GGAGCGACCCGCGGGCUCUGGGGGCGACGACGUCACCCACUCGGUGUCGGGGCGCCGCAUCCCACCCCAGGGCUUUGCCAGAAAGCAGUCCGUGAGGUAGACGCUCCGGAAGCGUACGGCCCCCUGCAUCCCGCGAACUCCCCAGUCGGUCCCCAGUUCGGGGAGCAGAGGACGCUGUUCGUAGCUUGGGAACAUGUGGUUGGACGGGCCACGCCCACCAAGGGGAAGACUAGUUCUAGACCGCGCCUCCUCCUUGGGCGCCCGGAAGGACGACCAAAAUGGAGUAGCGUCGGUGAUGGAACCGAACCAGCGGAGUUAACCGUGCUACAACCCGUCGUGGGCCGCCUUCCUCAAGCCACUUUCGGGGUGCUGCGCCUGCGCACUACUCCCGGUAAACUGGCGGGCGGAACGUACACGCCCAGGGUCACUGGGGCGCGCAAAGGAGGAGGGGCGAGCUUGCGUAAGUGCGCGCACGUCCCGAAGACGCAAGAGAGCAGGCGAGUUCGGAGGAUCGGAUGGAUAGAGUGGCGCAGCCGGUCGUUUGGUGGGCGAUCAGAUCAAACAUUGUCUGGUGAUCAGAUCGUCCUCAUACCUUCACAUAGUUACCCUAAAGCGACUUCCCAGGAGGUUUCUUCAGGAUGCCUGCAGCACUUGUGGAGAAUAGUCAGGUUAUCUGUGAAGUCUGGGCCAGCAAUCUAGAAGAAGAGAUGAGGAAGAUCCGCGAAAUUGUGCUCAGUUACAGUUACAUUGCCAUGGACACAGAAUUCCCAGGUGUUGUGGUCCGACCGAUUGGUGAAUUUCGUAGUUCCAUAGAUUACCAGUAUCAGCUUCUGCGGUGCAAUGUUGACCUUUUAAAAAUCAUCCAGCUGGGCCUAACCUUCACAAAUGAGAAGGGAGAAUAUCCUUCUGGAAUCAACACUUGGCAGUUCAACUUCAAAUUCAACCUUACAGAGGACAUGUACUCCCAGGAUUCCAUAGACCUCCUCGCCAACUCGGGGCUGCAGUUUCAGAAGCAUGAGGAAGAAGGGAUCGACACGCUGCACUUUGCAGAGCUGCUUAUGACGUCAGGAGUGGUUCUCUGUGACAAUGUCAAAUGGCUCUCGUUUCACAGUGGCUACGAUUUUGGCUACAUGGUAAAGUUGCUUACAGAUUCUCGUUUGCCAGAAGAAGAACAUGAAUUCUUUCAUAUUCUGAACCUUUUCUUCCCAUCCAUUUAUGAUGUGAAAUAUUUGAUGAAGAGUUGCAAAAAUCUUAAGGGAGGUCUUCAGGAAGUUGCUGAUCAGUUGGAUUUACAGAGAAUUGGAAGGCAACACCAGGCAGGCUCAGACUCGCUGCUGACAGGAAUGGCAUUCUUCAGGAUGAAGGAGUUGUUUUUUGAGGACAGUAUAGACGACGCCAAGUAUUGCGGGCGGCUCUACGGCCUCGGCACGGGAGUGGCUCAGAAGCAGAACGAAGACGUGGACUCUGCCCAGGAGAAGAUGAGCAUCCUGGCAAUCAUCAACAACAUGCAGCAGUGAUCGCAGCCGGCCCUGCAGCGGGCCGAGCCCGGACUGGCUCUUCCUGAGCCUGUGCUCACUUUCCCCGAGGGAGGACGCUGCUUGUGAGCAGACUGCUGGCCAUCUGCGUGGAGCAGGAAGACUGCGGUUUUACUGAAGGCAAAAGGUGUCUUUAUUUUAGAUCCAGAAGAGGGGAGUUUGCUCUGCAUUUGUAAACAGGUCUUCCCUAUUCCUCAGCCCCAUGCCUCCUGCCACCAGCAUCCACGGCUCAUGUGACACUAUUUUAGAUAUCCAGGACAAGUCUGAAAGAAAUGAGUAAAAUGUAUAUAACUCUUACCUGUUGUCAUUCUUUUUCUUUUAAAUUUGUUGCUAAUCCUGAUAAGAUUGUGAUUUACAGCUGAGGGUUUCCAGAGGAAAUGGUAUAACACAGUGUUCUUGGGAAGUGGUUCUGAGUUUUUGCUCCCAGUCCCCCCUCCUUUACUCUUCUUGAAGACAUUGGCUUUCCUCACACUUUGGUAGUCUCUCUUUUUUUUUUUUAUUUUUGGUACC